CAUAUAUUUGCGAGUGUACGUUGAGUUCUGCUUAGAUGUGACAUUAAGCGCUAGAACGAAUACAGCCAAAGCCGACUGUCCGCUAGCGUCCGCUUAGAAUUCAUCCCACUCCAGCUUCGAAUUCCAGCACUUUGAAAACCAGCCAUUUUGAUAUAGACUACAAACGUUGAAGAGAAAUAAUAAAUGAACCCUCUCACUCGUAAGUACUAAGUCUCACAGCAUGCACAGCAAAUACUGAUUAACAGGACAGAAGUUUGAGAGCACUAGAUACAAUCAUGGCACCGGUAUACAAAAUCGCAUUGAUCCAGAUUUGUCCGAAGGUUUGUUGACAUUUUUUCUUGUUUACCUCAAUCAAUAUUUCUACCUUGCCGACGGCUUUUAUGAUAUGUUGAGGGAGAACUGUAUCAAGCACACAUAUUUGUGUUUUUUCCAGCAGAUGGCUGUGAUCCCCAUGUGAACCCAUGUUCCCCAAACUGAACAAGAAUUCGAGCUCAUACUAUUUACUAGCCUCUAGCUACUGACUACAACUAUGAAAAAGCAGUAGCAUUCAUCAGAGCUGCCGCUUCUCAGGGAUGUGAUCUUGCCGUUCUUCCAGAAUAUCACCUUACUUCAUGGGUCCCGGAUGAACCUGAAUUUCUUUCACUGUGUCACCACGAUGUCACAUCCAAAUACGUCUCCGGCUACCAAUCCCUCGCCUCUGAACUCAAAAUAUCCAUCGUCCCAGGCACAAUUUGUACCUUGCACCCCGAAACAUCUCUCCUCCAUAACACAGCACAUUUCAUAUCCCCAGAAGGCAAAAUUCUCUCUUCCUACACCAAGAAGAAUCUCUGGCACCCGGAACGUCCACACCUAACAUCAUCCACCCAUGACCCACACACCACUUUCGAGUCCCCGCUCGGUAAGAUUGGAAUGCUUAUUUGCUGGGACGCCGCAUUCCCCGAAGCUUUCCGGGAGCUCAUCUCCCAAGGCGCAAAACUCAUCAUCAUUCCCACAUUCUGGACUCUUAGCGACUGUACACCCGCAGGCUUGGCGCGUAACCCGCUUUCCGAAGAAUUAUUUGUUCAAUCUACGUUGAUCUCUAGAGCAUUCGAAAAUACGUGCGGAAUUGUGUUCUGUAAUGCUGGAGCACCGAUAGGAAAGGGUAAAGAAAGUGCAGGGUUUUUGGGUAUUAGCCAGGUUACCGUACCAUUUCAAGGAGCUAUAGGGAGAAUGGGACGAGAGGAGGGGAUGAAUGUGGUAGAGCUGGAUAUGCAGAUUUUGGAUGAGGCGGAAGAAGCAUAUAAGGUGCGUAUGGAUAUGGAAGGGAAGGAUUGGCAUUAUGCGCAUACUUUAAAAGGAAGAAUUAGCAAUGAAGAAAGCAAGUUGUGAGGAGCGGUGUUCCGUUCAGUUGUGUCUUGACACAAAUCUUCGAUUGAUAUGUUAACCUUUUGCGAUGCACCAAACCAAUUCAAGUCACAUAUAGUCUCUUUUCAAUUUCGA